CCUCCCCCCGCCCUUUUUAAUGACUCCUACACCGUACCCCUAUAAAUCCAACCCCUUAAAGGCUUAAACAAACUAUUAAGUCUCGAACUUAGCCACUGCUGAGUGCAGAAGUUAACAAAAUCCUUCUUCCUCUGUUUGAAGGCCAUUCAACCUUUCUUUUUUUCAUCAGUACCAAAAACCAUGGCUUCAAUUCCAGCAAAAACUGUGCUAUUCACCAUCAACCUUUCACUUCUCCUACUGCUUCUCCUCUGUUCCAACUUCGUCCAAGCCUCUUACGAUGACGCUGAGGUUUCCAGCUCCCCUGCUCAUUCCCCCCACAGCCUCCCAACUUUUCCAGUUUCCCCUGCUCCAGCCCCUAAGCCCCAUCACCACAACCACCACCACCACAACCACCAACAAACAACCCAGCCACCGGUUCACCCUCCGGUUCAUCCUCCAGCCACCGCUCCAGCACCCCACAUUAUUCCACAGAGGAAACUCGUUGCCGUACAGGGUGUUGUUUACUGCAAGCACUGCUUGUUCGUCGGAGUUGAUACCCUUUGGAAAGCUAAGCCUCUUCAAGGAGCUUUGGUGAAGGUGACAUGUAACAACACCAAGUACAGGCCGGUGGUGAAAGAAGGAACAACGGACAACAAUGGGUAUUUCUUGAUAAUGCCGGAAAAUGUCACGAAUGCAGCUUUCCACAAGUGCAGAGUUUCAUUGGUGAAAUCUCCGACCAAACAAUGUGAUGUUCCGACAAAUUUUAAGGAUGGAUUCAAAGGUGCAAUGCCGAUUCCCAGCACCCAGCCGCCUGCUAAGACUUGGCCUAAUCUGUAUCAACUUUUCACUGUUGGACCUUUUGCUUAUGAGCCCUCCAAGAACAUCACUUGCGCGCAUUGAGAUCCAUCUUUGAUGAUGAUGAAUAUCGUCUUCUGGAAUGAAGUUUCAGCAUUUUAAUCAGCCUUGAAUUUGUGCUUGUGGAAUUGCCUUAAAAGGGCUUUCAGUAAUCUUCUUUUGUUUUCCUCUAUUUACUUCAGUUUGUACUUUGUAAUAGUAGUAGUAGUGUUUGGCUAAUUAAUGGGAAUGUUUAUGAUAGUAUUCUAGUUAUCCAUUCUGCUUAAGAAUAAACUAAUCCAACUUUUUCAAAAUUCGAAAUUGAGGGUUCUCACUUUUCAGUUUCUGGAUUUAGUAUAAUUGGGUAGCAGUAAAAAUUAUUAUCUUUGGGAGAUUCAAAUGGGUAAAAUUACAAAAAGUACUGAUAAAGAAGAAGAGUCAGUCGAAAGGUAACAAUGGUGC